AUGGGGCUCAACAAUGCAGCAAAGGCAUGCGAUGAGUCGUACAGUGGGAUCAUGGAUCCAAAAGGAGUAAUUACCACUCCAUACAUGGGCAACAUCUCGUGGAUGUGGCGUUGCGCCUUUGGCACACCGCGCAACCCGAUAGCUGCCACAUUCCUGCGGGGCGGCACCUCCAAAGGCAUCUACUUGAACCGCGCUGACUUGCCCGUGGACAAGUCUGAAUGGGAUCACAUCGUCCUGGGUAUAAUGGGCUCCCCAGACCCGCAGCACGGCCGUCAGCUGAAUGGGAUGGGUGGGGGCGUAUCAAGCCUGUCCAAAAUCUGCGUCGUCGGGCGCCCCACCCAUUCUACGCCCGAUAUCGAUGUCGAAUAUACAUUCGCGCAGAUUGGCAUCCGGGACGCCACGGUCGACUAUUCGGGGAACUGCGGGAACCUUUCCAGUAUGAUUGGCGUCUUCGCUGUAGACGAGGGGCUAUGCACACCGAAGCUGGUCCAGGAUGGGCCCGGCGGGCAUUCUAUCGCCACCAUCCGAUCUUUCAAUACUAAUACGGGGAAGCGCAUCGAUUCUUCAUUCCCUGUCACUCGGGAGGGGUUGAUCCCCGUCCUGGAUCUUCCGCAGGCCACUGUAGCUGGAGUUCCUGGACGGGCUUCGCAAAUCACUCUGGACUUUGUUUCGCCUAGCGGUGCCAGGACAGGGAAACUCCUUCCGACUGGCAAUCCUGUCGAUACUGUCCAGGUACCCGCUUCUGAGCCAGGCUCGAAAGGGAGGGUGCGGGCAUCCUUAGUCGACGCCACAAAUCCUACUGUAUUCAUUCCGUUGGAAGACUUACGGACAGCUCUGGAUAUCCAUGACGAGGAUUCAGUCAACUACGAUGAACCCCCCGUCUCGAAACUCAUCGAGAUCAUCAGGCAAGAAGGCGCCAGGCACAUGGGAUUGGAUCCAUCCGCCCAAGCUCAACCGAAAAUCGCUAUUCUCAGUCGCCCCGAGGCGGACGACUUAGAAGCUGACAUUGUUGUUCAUGCUUACUCCAUGGGCGUCCUGCACAAAGCCGUCCCAAUGACCCUGGGCCUCUGCUUAGGCGUCGCAGCGAAAGUGAAGGGCACUUUAGCCUGGGACAUUGUGCAGGAGUCGCGCAGGGGUCCGAGGGAUCUUCUGACUAUCCGCCAUCCCGGUGGGACGGUGGAUGUUGGUGCGGAUAUGACUCUGGGUGGGGAAGUGAGAAGCGCGAAGGUUGUCAGAACGGGUCGAAGGUUGAUGAAAGGUGUGGUAUGGUGGUGAGAUUGUGGGCGAUUCGGACCUUGCUCCGGGCUAGUGGUGCAGUGCAGAUAUAUUGCUAUUUCACGUACAU